GGAUACGAGAGCAUGGGACGCGCCUGCGCAGAUGCCGAUGUAAGGGUGCGAGGACUUAGGCAAGAAAGUGAGAGGGCAUUUUCUUCACUCGUCCUUCCUCCGCACCUGCCCGCCGGCUUUCGAGGUUAGAGAGAAAAGGAAUUAUACGCUCCCGGAAAAACAAACCCGAGAUUGGGGGAGGUGUAGCCUCCCACUUCCUGACGCACACCCCGCCCGCUGCACGUGGUUGGAGGCGGAGGUCGAGGAGCGGCAUGGCCGAGCCGGAACGGCCGACGAUGUCCCUCCCAGGGGGCCCUGCGGGAGGGGAGGGAGCCAACGAGUUGGUCCCAGACACGGAGCCCGCGCCCUCUGCCGCCGUCUCUCCUGGAACGGAGGAACCGACUGGCGACGCCAAGAAAAAAAUUGAUGUUUUACUAAAGGCUGUUGGAGACACCCCUAUAAUGAAAACAAAGAAGUGGGCUGUGGAACGAACCCGAACUAUUCAGGGUCUCAUUGAUUUUAUCAAAAAAUUUCUUAAACUUAUGGCUUCUGAACAGUUGUUUAUAUAUGUGAAUCAGUCUUUUGCUCCUUCACCAGAUCAAGAAGUUGGAACACUCUAUGAGUGUUUUGGCAGUGAUGGUAAGCUGGUCCUGCAUUACUGCAAAUCUCAGGCAUGGGGAUGAUCUAUAGACAGUAAGAACCACUUGCUGCUUAGCACUAACCUCCAAAAAAGAAGCAGAGCACUGAGAGACUUUGUGUCCAAAAACAUGUUGUAAAGAGAUGAAUGUGAUCGUCUUCUCUCCAGUUAUUUACAAAACACUGUUUAUGUAUGAGAAGCAUCUGUAAACAGAGAAUGGAGUCCUGCUAAAUAUAACUUAAACUAUUUGUCA